AUGACGGCCAUAACUAGAACCCGGACCGACCCCCUCGCAGCACACAACCCCGCCCAUGGCCCCCUCGCCCUCCAGCCCGCCGUGCCCCCGCCAGCAGCAGACGUGUUUGGCUCUGCCGCCCCCUCAAAGGCCGUGGACAAGAUGAACAGCCCGCGCAAGGCGGCGCCUGCCGAGCGCUUCGUGUCGAGCAAGGCCGCGCUCGUCGACGGCAAGCGCGCGCCGCCCGCGGCCACGACCGCCGCUGGAGAACCGCGCGCCGCGCUCGCCGGCGUGAACCUCAAUGUCGGGACCCUGCAGAAGCGCCUCCAGACGGCGGCGCGCCCACACGCAAAGUCGAUCCCGCAGCCCGCCGCCGUGCCAGACGUGUUUGACACCGAGCCGCCCCGCACCGGCGCUGCUGCUGCCAGCGCGCUCGGCAAGCGGCCCCGCGAGCGCUCUGCGCCCGCGACAUCGUCCAAGCGUGCCCGUGCCGAGGCGGCAGCGCUGGCGGCCAAGAGCCACAAGCACGAGCAGGAGCAGUGGCUCGCCAAGUGGCAGAAGGUGUUCCCGACCCUCGUGUUCCACUUUGAGAUUGGCGCCGAGGAAGGCGUCGUCGGCCGGAACCUCAACAACCGCGUGCAGCAGAUGGGAGCGCGCGUGGACCAGUUCUUCUCACAACGCGUGUCGCACCUUGUGGUCAAGGGCGGCGCGUCACCACACAAGCCCCGUGCUGCACCAUCGCAAUCAAAGCGCGUUGCGCGUGAAGCAGCGGACACGAACCCGUUCUUGGACUCGACGGGCGUGACGGAUCUAGUGCAGAAGGCCGAGAAGCUAGGGAUCAAGGUGUGGACAGUGAAGAAGCUCACCGACAUGCUUGACCAGCUGGCACCAGUGGGCAACGCCGCUGGCGACUCGCUCUCCCACCUGCUCGCCGACGAGAAGAUCCACGGCACGCGCGAACGCGACUUUUCGGCACCGCGCCCAGACUUCUACUACUUCAAGCCUGGAAGCAAGUUUUUGCUCAUCGAGGAUGCCACGGGACGCAACAGGCCAGUAAUGGUCAAGGAGUACAACUCCAAGGACCACAAGGAAUGGCCCUGCGUCCACGAGCACUUCCUCCGGCUCACGUCGUCGUCGUGUUUGCCCACCUCGGCUAGGUCCGACAACAUUGUCAAGGAUUUGCGAGAACGCGCCCUGUCGCUGUACGUCGACCGCGUCCCCUUCCGCGGCGAGGAGCCGCCGCAGCCUGCACUCAAGCGCUCCCAGUCGCUCCGCGACCUGUCCCUCACGUCGUCGCUUCCUGAGGCUGAGCCGUACCUCAAGGCAUCGGGCAACAGUGUGGUCAUCACGUCGGCGAUUGCAUCGACGUCAACAGCCAACACGACGCCAGGGACGUUUGUCGGUGGUGUGCCGCAGCUCGGCGCGAACAAGGACCGCGCCAUCAUGCAGAUGAGCAAGCGCGUCCAGGUCCUCAAGGGCAACGCGCGCCUCGCCGCUAGCAGCAAGAAGCUGGCUGGCGGUGUCGAGAACCGUGACCCCAACGAGGCCGGCCCCUCCACGUUACGCCGCCGCAAGUCGACCGGCAUGGACGCGCCCACCCCCCCCGUCAAGGAGUUCCUGUCGCAGAACCAGGUCGUCGCCAUGCUCAAGCAGCUCAAGGCACCGACGACCAUGGCCAAGCCAUCAUACGACGAGCGCGUCCGCAAUCGCGAGCUCGUUGACACAGGAUACAAGCGCAAGGACCAGGACACGGCGAGCGGGUACUGCGAGAACUGCCGCGUGAGAUACCAGGACCUUUCGUUACACGUCGCGUCCAAGAAGCACCGCAGAUUCGCGACCAACCCCAAGAACUUUGUCGACCUCGACGACAUGCUCCAGUGUCUGCAGAGACCGCCGAACCCGGCCAUCUGCUACGAAGUCGACGUCUGUCGCCCCUGCUACAAGCUGCACGACAAGGACAAGCCGUGCGGACGGUGCAUGGACGACCCGGAGGUCUACUCGUCGCCCCCGCCCAGCAGUCGCGGGAGCAGUGUGCACGGCAGCGCACAGAAGCCGCGCUACGACGUCGAGCCGAUGGACGAGGAUGAGGAGGAAGACGACGACGAAGAAGAAGAGCAAGACGAACAAGACUUUGAGAACGAGGAGAGCAACAUGGACGAGGGCGCAGAGGCCGCUGACGGGUGGGUCGAGCCGACGACGAUCCAGCCGCUCGCUGUCGCUGCUGCGGGCGCAUAG